AUGCCUCCUUGUCUAUGCACGACCACUCUGAAAACUGCUUCAGCCCCCCCUGUUGUGGUUGAAUCAACUUCUUCUGGACACGCUCACACUCUAUCAUCAAAGCAACAACAGCUGGAUACCGACAAGGCUCUCAAGCAGGCGUCAGCCAAAGACAAGGCAUACACUCAAGCCCUCUGUGCUCAUCAAGCACAGGAAGCAAUCAUGGGCUAUCAGGCAAUCCUGAUACAAGCUCCAGCACCUCCUUCAGCAGCUGCCAAUGCUGAUGGCUUGAAACCAGAGUCCGAGGAUGAUGAAAACCAGCCCACUGCGCACGGUCAAGGGUUCACAUCAGUCACUCUUCAGCCGAUCAUCAAAACAUCUGUGCAUGAUGGUCGCCUGCUGACCCAUCGUGUUCCAAUCGAUAAAGAAAAUGUCAGCCCCUCCUUCAAAGUACCAACGGGGGGACCAUCGAAGAACCUUGUUCAAUGGGUCAGUGGUCAACCUCCUCAGGCUUCACCAUCUAUCAUCCUGGCAGCUGGUCCCUAUAGCCCCAACAGUGUUUCCCUCUAUGGCCAAGAUAGUGACGACGAGUUUGGGAUGAAAUCAUCAGGUGUUACCUACCCACAACCGACUGAAUAUAGGUACCCUCAAGUACACCCUGAUCUUGAAGCAUUUCCAAGGUCUAUGACUGAGGCCAUCUCGGUGAAACCAACUAAGGCUGUAACACCAGCCACCAACCCCUGCAUUCGAAAGGAUUGUCCAGUCACCCCUGCGCCGUCGACCACCGUUAUUAUCAAGCAACCCAAAAUGCAAACAAGCGGAAUGCGAGGGCGUGUUCGCGCUUCCGAUUUCGACGAACUCAGCAAAUCCCUCCUUGAAGAGUCCAUCUCCAUCUACCGCGCUCAAAUUAGGGGUGUCCAACCAUAUCCUGACCAUCUUGAGGAGCGUGAUGCCGCCACUGCAGCUUGGGUUGAGGCAUGUACAGCACGUGGAGUCCGUGUUGAGUUUGAUGAGGAUAUACUCAAAUUGGACUUGAAGGAACACAAAGGUAUCUACCGCCACCCUGCUUUUCAAUCAAUCAUCAACAAAACCUGGUUCAAAAACAAGAGCGACAAUGCUGUUAUUCACCCCGAGUUCUCUGAAGGUGGUAUGUUGUCAAAGGUGACCAAGGCACUUGCAAUCACAGUGCAUCAUGACAAGCCCAAAUUCACCACAAACCUCAAGCAACUCAUCGUGUUUGAUGACAAGACAAAGGAGUCCAACAUUGUUCCCCGCCUCCUCAAGCAUAUGUUGAAAAUGGCCAGGAAACACGCCAAAGUCACUGAUGCCCCAGAGGUGGCACAGGCCAUUCAAUUCACUGAAGAUGAUGUCGAGGCAGCUAAGAAGGAAUGGGAAUCCAUGACUUUCUAUAUGCAACUAUGUGACCUAACAGCCUAUUGGGGUUUUGUCCUAUCAUCAAAUAUGGCAACCUAA